CAUCUGUAUUUGUCAGGCUCAAAUCCAAGGGAGACGAACGAGGCGCCAUCUUUCGUGCGUUUCUCCCUCCAACGAUGAGAAAAUGAUCUCGAAACCGGUGGUCUGUGACACCUCCAAUCUGUAAAUAAAGGCGUAUAUGAAAAGAACUCGUAUCUGAGCAAACAAUCGAUUCAUAAUAUACAACAAAUAUAUAUAUUUGCUAUCCAUAAUCCACUGAAGGGGACAGCAGCAGCAAGGUGUUGUCUAGAAUCGCCCAUUUCGUGAUUCCGGAGCCGAUAACGAAAAGGGGUCCUGAAACCGGGUUGUUUUUCACGAAGCGGACACGGAUAUGGCGGGGCUGCUUGACCAAACGGCUUGUUUUGUGCUUUGGUGACAUUAUUGUGCUAUUAAAGCCAAAGGUCGGUGGAAUAGUUGCCGAAAUUCCCUCGGAUCGCGCGCCCGUCACGUGCCAGGCUGUGUUGGUGGGCUGGAGUGAAGGUUUGGAGGUGCAGGCUGCAUGGCUGCGAUGGCGCCCGCUCUGACUGACGCCCCAGCCGAAGCCCGCCACAUCCGCUUCAAACUUCCCUCAUCCACACUGUCUCCCGGCAGCACAGAGAAUAACAGCAACGCCAGCAACAUCCUCAUCUCCGACUCGGUCUCGGACUCUGCCGGUGCCCACAGCAACGGCAAGUGUCACGUCAACGCCGACGACGGACAGAACUUCACCCAUUACCACAACGUCAAGGGUCAGGAGCAGGAUCCCCUGUCGAAAGCCCCGUCUCUGGGCAAACUGGCACCUUACUUGUGCUCUGAUGUCACACCAUUGCCCUCGUCCAUCAAAGUCAAGGAGUCGCUGAAGGUGCUAAAGAGCCACGGCCUGCUGAGCGCCUCCAUAUUCCCUAGCGCUGCUGCCGGCAGCGACUUCCUGCUGCGCAAGCGCCACGCCCUCGAGCUGACUGGAGGUCAACUGAAGAGCCUUGUCAACGGUGGCGGAGCUGGGAGUACCAUGGUGCCUGUGAACGGACUCUCCAAGAAAGUGGCCGUGCCUAGUGCGGCCGUGGCUGAGAAAGGCAGUGUGGCCACUGUGAAUGGAGACAGCAACCAGCCUCCACCAAUGGGAGAAGCGUUGUUAUCCGUGUCCUCAAAGUCCGUCGGUACCUUUACAACCAGUGGACAGAACGAUGAUCUGAAGCCACAACAGAAUUUGACACCAAGCAUUCAAGGUGUGUCAUCACAUCGGGAGCUCACUGCUUUGUCUGAAAGUACAGAGGUUAAAGCAGAACCGGAGAGUCCCGUUGGUGGAAUGGUUGUGGAAACAAACAGUAACAAUAUUGUUAGCUUUGAAAACUGUCCCUCGUCCCUUAGCUCUUCCCCGGUCCAUGACGACUCAACCCAGCCAACACCCAACCUGGAGGCUCUGCUCAGGGAUCGGGUUCAACAGAGCCAACACAGGCAAACGGACAUCGAAAGCCGCCUGCUGCGUCUUCGCAAACGGCUGCAGGUGGUGCAGGCCAAGCAGGUGGAACGGCAUUUCAAACAGCAACUGUCUGGUUUUCUGGACCGCACUCUGACUCCGACAUCUAGCCGUAGGGCGGAGCCAGGGGCAUGGAGAGGGUCUCGUGACACGCACGCGCAUAAUUUGAAUCGGCUUUUGAAGGGUGGCAGGGUGGCCUCGGAACUGGAGCGACUGCAUCUCAGCGGCAGCACGCAUUUGCGCGCGACGGAGGCUCAGUUUGACUCGGACGCCACAGAGAGCAGUUCAGGAGGAGAGAGUGACGUCGAGGAGGAGGAGCUUGCCAGGGUGGAUGUGGACCAGUGUCAUAUUAAACUAUGGAGAAGAGCAGAAGGCCGGUUUGCCAGGGAAAGAGCCACCAUUAUCAGUCACUGGACAUGGCUGCAGGCUCAGAUAUCGGACCUGGAGUACCGCAUUCGACAGCAGGUUGACAUCUACCGCCAACUCCGCGCCAGCAAGGGUCCUGUGGAGCUGGGAGACUCUGCCCCUUCCUGCCAGAGAACCAUCAUGGAGACAGAGAAUGUCUUGACCUCACCAACAUCCCAGAAUUUCACCGAAUCCCAGUCUCAUUUGACAAACACAUCUGAAAACAACGUCUCUUUUAGUCGCAUGGCAGAAAUGUCAGACGCAUGCCCUUCGAGUCUAGACAGCAGCUCUACGUCCGCACGAACACGCCCGCUGGUGACCUGCAGAAGACGACGUCUAAUCCACCCAAACACUUUCCACAAUCUCAACGGCAAGGUUCAGAGAGCAAUGUUUUCACCUCCACAAGUAUGUGAGGUCAACGGCUCAUGUGUCAUGUGUGGGAUUGCUCGUCCCCUCUCCAAACCAGACUUACCUUAUGAUCGCCCUCUGCUGGAAAAAAUCGCACAUCAAGACCGCAGCAUCCACCCCGUUCUGUCCUUGCAAUCGGACGUGGCUCUUAGCUUACAGUUGCAGAAGGUGUUGAGGUCUCAUUGGCAGACUCGUCCCUUUGACAGGAUCAAGCCGCUCAAGAAGAUCUCUCUCAAACACAAGCUUUCCAUCACACCAUCCUCGUCAUCAUCCUUCCUCUCUAAACACAAAUUCAGACUGUCAAAUUCGCAUGCAGCCGCAGUCCGAUUGGCCCGUCACAAGAGCAGGCUGGAGAAGCUGCACAGGCAGCAGGUGGACAACAUCUCUUGUGUCCCAAAGCCGGACAUGCUCACACCCUGCAGGGCGGAUCGUGUGCUGGACCGGAGUCACAGCAGGAAGAGAGUCAGAGAGCACUCACUGGACAGAGCGGACUCACCAAAGGUCAUGAUGGAUGCAGGCAGUCCGUGUCCAUCUCUGUCCAGCCUUCACUCCUCCAACACCAGUCCCUUGACCAGACAGCUCUCCCUCCCCAUUGAGAGCAGCACUCCUCUGGGAAACAGUGUGCCCAUACGGAGGAGAAGAGGCGAGAGUCCGUUUGAUAUCAACAACAUCGUCAUUCCCAUGUCAGUGGCUGCCACCACCAGAGUGGAGAAACUUCAGUACAAAGAAAUUCUCACACCCAGAUGGAGAGAAGUGGACACUUUAGGCCAACCGCUGGCAGAGGAAGACGAUAACAUUCCGGUGGAGGACCUUUCAGAUGCCAUGUUCUCUAAACUCCAUCAGCCGUGUGAGGAGCAGGAGCGCUCUCGCUGGCGAUGGACGGCUCUCGCACCCGCCAAGAGGAGAGGCAGCAGGUCCUACAAAUCCCUGGACGGGCGAACGACACCAUCAAUAGUCGGAACGAACCCUUCGACUCCCCAGCCCUCUUCCCCAGACGGAAGUCACUUCCACCUCCUGCAGGACUACGGGCCCGUGCCGUCACCCCUGAGCCCGCCCAGCCCCGACACGCCCUGCUCGCGCGACGCACACACACCGUACACCAGAGACACAAACAGACUGCUGUACAGCGAAGACACAUGCGGCUCCACUUCAGACUGCACCUUUGAGGAGAAGACGGUCCAGCCCUGGGAACUCCGGAGUUUUCCUUUGCCUGAGGACCCAGUAGUGGAGCCGGAGAUUGACAAGGAUCAACUGAGCUUUCCUACAGGCCUGAGAGCCGACGCCCACCACAGGGAGGAGUCAGAGAGUGACGCUUCCUCGCCGUGACGACGGACUGAUUAAAGCCCACCCACUAACGGGAACAACCUUAAAACCACACCUCCUAUGGCAUUAAUUGAGAAGAAACUCAUACUAAUCAAAACAAAACAAAAAAAAAAACAAAAAAAGAUUCUGUCGGGACUUCUGUUGUUUGAUAUUCAAACAUCAGCCAAUUAUUUUCACAGUUUUUAGUGAACAUUACCGAACAUAGAAAGCUAAACCUGUCUUCUAAAACGAAAAAUGUAAACGAGAUGUAUGAAAGUUGUUUCCAUAAAUGUUUUCAUAGUCAGCUAAAUAUAUCAUUGGGACUUAGUGUGGUAUUCUAACCUGUCAGGUGAACACUAUGUAGUGCACUGUGUAGCAGACUUAAAGAGGGCUUGACCAAAGGGUGCCUCUCUGCUGACUUGUUAUAUAUGUAUGCUUGUGUUGUGAAGUGACGAACCAAAACCUGUUGAAAAUACUUGCCGCAUUAUUCUCAGUUGAUGGUCACGCAUCAAGCAGAGAUAUUCUCCUCAGUUAAAAAGCACUUCACAGGGCGUCAAUAUCUUGUUCUCUUCCUUAACCCUCCCCUUUUUCUCUUUCUUUUUAAUAAUUUCCCACCAGCGUUUGGAGUAUGCUAAUGUUCAUGACAUCAUGUAUCACAAUGUAAUGGAAAAAUUGCAAGCUCUACAAAACAAAGCCUUUAGUGCACAUUAGUUUAGGUCCUUAAAUGUUCCAGGAUCUUUUCGACAUCAUCUGUUGAGAUUGUACUUUGUAUUCCUUCUUAAAGGAGUCAGAUGUUUCACACAGACCUGCCCUUCUCAGGUUAUGCAGUUUUACGGAGUCUUGUGUUAGCAAGGUGUCUGUUUUCCCUUCACUUAGUCAAUGUUUAUGUGACCCCAUAUUAGUGUUCUUACUCAGCACUGUCGCCCCUUCGAGAAUCUACUUGCUAUGCAACUCAACAUUAUUGUUGUGGCCCUGUCUCUUUCUUUUUCAUACAAUCACAAUGUCUUUUUUUAUUUCUUUGAGGUGUCUUUCUCUUCAUAGCUAUUUGAGACAGGUUUCAUUGUAAUUUGGACUGUUUCAGAAGUUAAAUCAUUUGCAGAAAAAAGAAAAACAAAAACACCCUUUUGUAAAUAGUACCAUUAAAUCAAAUCAAACUCCA